AUUUCUCUUCAAAAUUACAAAUAUUUCGUCAUAAAUAACGUCAUUUCCCUGAGAAACCGAGUACAGGUGGAUUUGAACAUUCUCAGUGAAAACAUUAGAUGCAGCAACAUGGCGCAAACGAGUUUGAUUGUCAUCGCUUUGUGUGGUUUUUUACCAAUUUUUAUCAAAGCAAAAGUCGUCAGUCCGUGCGCUGUGGCAGAUAUUUUCAUGAAUAAACUACAUCAAAAGAAAGCUAAUGCUGCGAACUUUGCCUGUCUAGCAAAAUAUGCGAGUGGAUUCAAUACGCAAGCGGUUGGAGAAACCCACAAAGAUGGCAGUGACGACUUCGGAAUAUUCAUGAUUAACGACAAAUAUUGCAGAAAAGGCACCAAAACUAGCUGUGGAGUCAGCUGUACAGAUCUAGUGUCAGACAAUAUUGAACAUAGUGCAACAUGUGCGUUGGCUAUCAUGGAAAAGGAAGGAUUUUCGCAUUGGCCAGAGUGGAAAAAUUGUCAACACAUCCCGACUUUAAGAUUUAUUGAUAAAUGUGAUGUAAGCCCGAAAGGCUGAAAACCUAUAAUUCUAUUGUAAAUUGAAGAACAAAAAAUUAGUUUUAAUUUUUACCACUUUCAGAAUAUAAAAGUUCGACUCAGUUCAAACAA